CACAGCCCUGUCGGGUGACGUGCCUCGAGCCCGCGCACACGCACCACCAGUAGCCCGUGCCAGAUGCGCGCCCCGUCAUUACCUAUUCUGCUUUCCUGACCCGAAGUGUGCGUACGUGUGGUUCGGUCUCCAAAUCCAGAAUCUUCAUACACUGGAUCGAUAUUGCCCUCAAGAUUGCAAGACUCGCGAGGGGGGAUAACUGACCCACUCGAUCCGUAUAACUGGAUACGAGACUAUAAGGAGAGAAUGUGAAAAUUAUCACCUGACGGAGGUCCGACUUGGCCCCAUUUGCGCUCCUUUUUCUCCGGAAUAGACGUCGACUCGGGAAGGCUAUAGUUCAGCACCGCUAUCAGGAUGUCAUAAAGGAGAAAACCCGUGCGUAUCGUGGCUUGGAUAUGCACAUCGCCGAAUUUGGCUAUACUUGGAGACGGUAAAGGCUUCGUUUUUGAUUCCAGAUAAAGAGAUGCAUGCGGUCAUGGAUGCGAUCGGUUCAGCUUGAUACAACUAGACUGGAUAUUGACGCGUGAUCACAGCGCGUGGUGGCGGCACAGGGAGUGUGGGCCACUUGGAAACGACACGGCUGAGACGCGUCUCCUCCAAAGUGCGUCGAGACCGCAGCACCACGCAAACCCGAGGAAUGUGGACGCGUGGGCUGGUCUUUUCCAACAUCACCUUACGGGACCCGGGUUCAAAGCAGACGGUCCGACGCAGCCAGAACAGACAGACGGGCCACCAUGCUCAGGCAGAUCCUGUUGAAUUCCACGGCCCCUGCGGACUACGACCUAGCGGCAAUGGCCCAGUCCACGUCCCACUCGCCUUCCUCCCUGAACGCGUCCCACGACGGCUCCGUGAGCGUGGCCGCCCUGCUCAGACCCACGGCGGGGGGGCGAGGGGUAGCGGGCCUUCGGGAGGGCGAGCUCCACAAGCCGGACCUGACCACCUACAUCAUCAUGUGCCUGUUGCUGUUUCUCCUGGUGCUGCUCAUCGUGUUCUUCAUCAACUGCCAACUUAGGAACUCCUUCUUCGCCUCCAUGCCCUAUGACAGGUCACUGAGGGAGGCGCGCACCUCGUACAAGUAGACCAGAAGAACUUUGGCGCAGUUUGGAAGUGUGUUGGAGGAAAGUGUACUGAAUGGAUUCUGGCCAUGUUGGAGAGGAUGCUGCUUUUUUUUGGCACACGGGAACGCCUUGAGACAUUUGGGCCAAACCUGCUGGGUAUCCAGUGCAGUAUGGAUAUGUAACAUGGCCGUCCAAGCUUCUAUAUUAUUCCAGCAGCAUAAAAAAAAUAUAUGUGCAUUUAUUGAUGAAUUUGUAAGCUUGUAGUCGGUCUCAUGCGGCUGUGCUAUACAGGCCUACCAACUAACCACUGUUUAUACAACUUAUUAUUUAAGGUGUUCCAUGGGCAAGCCAUGUUGGGUCAAUGUGGGGAAAGAGAACACAACUUGUAGGACCUAUUGCUUGUGUGUUCUAAAAAACAUGAUUACUGUUUUGUAUGACUACAACCGUCUUGUAAUGUGUAGCGAUGGAGCCGACAGACUUUUUUUCUUCUUCUAUGUAAACGACCGCACGAUGGGCUGCUGUUUCUCUUCUUCACAUAAAGAUAAUUGAAUAAACACAAAACAUUGGUUUCAUCUCA